AUGUUAAAGAGAGAAUGCGAGAAACAACCUGUAAAGACACUGAUCUUUGCUCCAGCAAAUAUACCAAUGAAUAGUACAUCAGUCAAGUUUGUUCUAGACUUUAUUGAAACAUUUGAUGACUUGAUCAACAAGUACUCGAACACUCCAUUGGCUACAACUACAUCAUCAACGUCAUCAUCAUCGACAACAUCUUCACCAUUGUCAUCUGCGCCAUCAACACCUAUCAGCUCACCAAUCAACAGGACCAAACCAACAUUCCAACAAAUCUUAAAGAUACCUUUGACCACAAUCGCUGCCUCUGAACAAUCCAAUGUACAACCGAGCAAUAACAAUAACAACAACAACAUCAAGAACAACAACAACAACAACAACAACAACAACAACAACAACAACAACAACAACUAUGCCACAAGGUACGAUGAUUUCGAGAACUUUACAUUACCAACACCACAACAUAUUGUGAUGGGUGACAGCAUGGAGAGCCAGAACUUGGACGACUGCAACGAUUACCUCGACUUUGACAAAGUCGAUACAAGUCCAACAAGUGAGCAACACAAUCCAAUGUCACCACAUGAUCACAAUCACAAUCAUUAUUACCCACCAAUCUUUGAGAGAAAGCCCAAGGUGAACACUGUAAAGUCUCUUCUCUACCGCAGCGUCGACCUCUCCAAGAAAGGACCACAACUCGACAAGUUCAUCCUCACAGCGCACUACUUUGAACUCGUAGACAACAUCCUGAUCAGAGCCAUUCGACACGUGCUCGAGGACAGGCUAGAGGACACAAGAUCAGAGUACGAUGCACGCAACUUCUUUGGCUUUGAGCCGCUCAACGGCGGGUUUGAUCCAACUGAGCAUGCCCGCAUCAUUGCCGAGUGCAACUACAACAAGUUCAACUACACAGAGUCUGGUGUCUAUGACUCGAUCGUCGAUUUCAACGCCAGUCGUUCGAGCAUCUUGGCCUUGGAGAGCAACAUGGCCAAAGACAUAUCAACCGAGAUGAAGCCACGCAAGCUCAUCAAGCCAGUCGAGGACAACAGUGUCAACGAGUGUCAUUCCUGCAAGUUGAAGUUUAACCUCUAUGUCCGAAGGACACAUUGUCGCAAUUGUGGAUACAUCUUUUGCUCAACUUGUACAAACCAUGCGAUUGACUACUCGUCGAUUGAGAAACCUGUCUAUGAGAGUCUCAAGGACAGGUAUCUCUAUUCCAAUUUGAGGGUCUGCAAGCAAUGUCAUGUUCAUCUAUCGACCAACAAGGAGUACAAUGGCAUUGUUUCAUCAUUGGAGCUGUUGGCACUCAAGUUCUCAAUGAUCAGACGAUUCUCUGCAGUGAACAAGAUGUGGCGCAAGGCAACCAUAUCAUACCUGUCACACAUUCGUGCCAUUCAGUACUCGUUCAGCACACAGAAGUUCCAAGAGUACGAGCGUGCUGCUCUGUGGCGAAACAAAGAGUUCUUGGAGGGCCACUCCAAGUGGGUGCUGAAGCUUCUCGAGUCGAUCGUGUGGAGCAAGCUGCCCGCUCACAAACUGGAGAAGGUGUUGCAGAUCAUCAAGUCGUCCGAGAAGAAAUCGAUGAACUGCUACUACCUCAUGUGCUCCUCUUCCUGUGAGCCCAAGAUCUCUGUCAAGGAUGUCUUCCCACUGCUCGACGAGAACAUCACCAACCAUGAGAUCCGAGACUUUGCCGUCAGCAUCCUCGAGUCCAUCUCAAACGAUGACCUCGUCUACUACAUCCCCCAACUGGUGUACUUCCUAAGGUUCGAGCCGUUCAACAGCUCAAAGCUAAAGAAGUUCCUGUUUGACAGGGCACUGGGCUCGCCAGUGAUCGCUCAUUUCACGCUGUGGGAGCUCAAGAACUGCCAGAACGGUUUCGACUCCAAGUACGAGCGUCUAAAGUUGGAGCUCAUCUCGAAUCCCGACCUCAAGAAUCGUGGAGGCUUCAUUGAUGGCUUUGAGCUGCUGAGCUUCCUCGAGGGCAUGCCCACGACCAAUGGACCAGAGUUGAUGGCGCAGUUGACCAAGAUCGAAGAGCUGCUAGCCAAGUGCAAGGAGAUUCGCUAUCCCCUCAACCCAUUGUACACCAUCCAGGGUAUCAACAAGGAGACCGCCACCAUCAAGGACAGCGCAACAAGGCCACUCAAGCUCACAUUCCAUCUCGUGCACUCUGAGACGGGAGAGGAGAAGAGUAUGGACCUGAUCUUCAAGAAGGACGACGUCAGAAAGGACCGUGUCAUUCUGAACAUAAUCUCAAUGAUGUGCAGGAUCUUGAAGAACAACAUCGACUCAUUCAUCAAGCUCAAGUACAGACACUCGUCGGCAUACUUUAGUGCAAUGGUCAAUGCCAUAUGCAUGUACACAUCGCGAUCGAUCGAUUCCAAGGAGAUUAUGGAGAUGAUCAGUAUGCCCGAGAUAUCCGACAUCAUCAUGAACCCUGACUGCUCGUCGCAAGACUCCACACCGGCUCGCGAGAACUUUGACCCGCUGAUUGGCAACCUGUUGAAGGCCAAGGACGAGUACGCCAUCCAGUCCGCCAUCAAUGGCUUCAGAAAGACGCUCAAGAACGACACGUAUCUGAACCUCAAAGCACAGUUUGAGGUGGCCCAGAAGGCACUGUUCGUGGAGAAGUCUGAGGAGAUACGCAAUCUGCUCAGCUCCAUCGUCACCUACACUGUUUUACCCUGUGGCAGCGAGUAUGGAUUCAUCGAGGUGGUACCCAAUGCAGAGACACUGCUGUCGAUCUACAACAAAUCCACAGAACACACUGGCAGCACCGAGAACAAGAUACAUCAUUAUCUCAAGCGAUCACUCAAGCCAGAGGAUCAUCACACCAAGAUUAAGACCUUUGGCCACAGUGUAGCAGCAUGGUUAGUCAUCACACAUCUCCUAGGCGUUGGCGAUCGUCACAAUGAGAAUGUCAUGAUCACACGUGAUGGCAAGUUCUUCCACAUUGAUUAUGGUUUUGUCCUUGGCAAGGAACCAACACCCAUGUCCAACUUCUUGAGACAUAGUAAGGAUUAUGAGAGUGUGAUGCAGAUCAUUAUGUUUGACAGGAAGGAGUUCAUUAGGAUAUGCACGAUCAUCUAUGCUGUGCUGAGGAAGGAGGCAUCGUACUUCCUGUAUCACUUGUCAUUCUUGACAAAGCUGGACGCGACAGAUGCAACAAAUGAGUUCACAAUGGACUAUGUACAGAAUCAGGUCGCCAGCAGGUUCAGUCCUGGACUGCCAUCGAGAGAGGCCGAGGAGUACUUUGAGAACCUGUUGGACAAGCAUCGUGACUCUUACACUCAGUGGCUGAUCGACUUCCUUCAUGAGAAGAACAAGUUGGCGCCCCAGAUCACACAGACCACCAAGAGCUACUUCAAGUCAUCGUUGAAUUUCCUCGGUAGCUGCAUAUCCAACCUUCAUCAAUAUUAUAAUCCUCCUCAAUCCAUUACAAAUGAUGCAGCAACAGCAGCAACAACAACAACAACAAUAUAA